AUGCUCGGAACGGUGCAGCCUGUAGGGAAUCACGCAGGUCCCUUGGCGCGAAAGAACGACAAAGGGGCCAGUUACGACGGUGUCCUGCGACAGCCAACGGUGGCGACUCAGGUUGGUUGCUUAGCCUUCUGCAAUCCACUUUCAGUCUAAUAAUCAAGCGCCUAGACACGCCUGACCAAUAGUACCAAAUUGUACUUCAGUAGUACUGUGGUCUGCACAGCACUUUUGUUUGUUAUGAAGGCGCUCACCGAUCGUUCUUACGGAACCCACUCGUUCCGUUGUGCCUUACGAAUUCUCUCUCGAGCCCAACCAGCAGCCGCACAGCGACGCAUGAUCUAGGCAGUAUAUUAUUACUGACAUACCGGUAGUAACAUGGUGACAGUAUAAUAAGUCAGUCAGUCGUAUUGGACGUAGACCCUCAAAAAGCAGCUAUCGAAGUUCUAAAUAGUCUUCAUGUUCAAAAUGAAGUCAGCUUAUUGGGAUUCUGAACAGUAUUCGCUUCCGAAUCACGUUUAACUACUGCGCGCCACUCACUGAUAGUACCUACAGCUGUGGUCCACAGAGUCUGACCCGAUAUAUUAGUAUGACGAUCUUUAAAAACGACUAGCGACUUUGGGUAAAUUUUCAAUAACUCGACAUUCCGAAAGCAAAUAUGAAGAUCAUUCUGCCCAUUCCAUUAUCUGCUUUGUUAUAUGUGAUAUGAUAAGUGCCGUCUUCCUCUGUGUAAAUGUAUAGCUAAAGUCUCAGUGUAUUAUUUCCUUUAUUUGCCUGUAGGAUUUAUUAUUAGUGUCGGGAACAGAAUAACAUUUUUAUUCACCGUCCUCAGGUGUAGGGACGGAUGCAUCUAAUAGCGGUAGCGUCCUUCCCUCCAUCUAACUGUCCUCCCUCGUAGCCCUGACGCGCCUCAUUUGCACUUCCAGUUUUCAGAUUCUCUGAAACAACUGUUGGAGACGCUGGAUAACACAACGGCCCAUUACGUGCGUUGUAUCAAACCCAACGACCAGAAGGCCGCCUUUCUGUAAGCUUUCACCCCUCCCCCGCUCUGCUGCUUAUCGUUUUUGUUUGCAAUUGGGUUCACUCUUGCGGUCCAGACCCCCUAGCCCACAUUUUGUUAUUCAAGUCAUGCUGACAGUGCUAUAUUACACACAAACCCAGCCCUUUCUGGGUUUAAUUUUUCACUGCCGACCUUGGAAGUGGACUUUUUCAUGUAUUCAGUUGUUCGAGGGCUCACAUGGCCUUGAGGCUGCCAAUGGGGAAAGAUGAGUCGUCGAGAUCUCGUCGAAGGCCUGGAUGUCAGGCUGUUUAGAAUAACAGAGGGAUAGAAAGUCGGGUGCCAUCAUGCUGAUGACGUGAUUACGCGAACAAUGCGCGUCUCGAGUAAUCCAUCCACAAGGUUCAGGUGUAACACUACUGUUAGAUUAUUAGACUCAACAUAUGUCUUUUUGUUCUAUUUCACUCAAUUUUCCUUUUUCCUAUCCUCCACCUUUCUAUUAGUCUGUCGCCUCAGAGAACUGUUCAGCAGCUGCGAGCCUGCGGUAUCCUGCAGACCAUCAAAAUUAGCGCUGCCGGCUUUCCUACCCAGUAAGGUUGCCAUAUUUUGGUUAAUGUCCCUGCUUUUUGUUUGCUGUUUUUGUUGUUAUUUGUGAAAAUACGUAAGCGGUUGCUUGAGUGCGUGCGCGGGUGUACACUCCGAGUCUCACAGCAGCUACGGCGAAAAUUCCACAAUGGCCGCAGGGGCCCGGCAAGCCUGUAUAGUCUGGUUCCGUAUUGGGCAACGUUCGGCGGACGUAGGGGGUUGGCAUUAACGGUGGUAACAGGGGGAGAUGAUAGCUUUGCCUGCCCUCGAUUAUUCAGCUAUCUACAGUGCGUGUUCUUGUACUAUUAAGGGAGGUCUCGCCUAGUGAGUGUCACCUACUGUGGUGUGCUGGGCGGUACGACAGUAUAAUAUUACUAGAAACCGUAUACAGAACACUGGGGGAUUCAGUGAGGAGCCGAACCUAUCGCUGCUGCAUCAGGAAACAGCAUAAACAUCGGCAAAACACUUUCCUGGACUUUUAGCUUGUACCGAUGUAAGGAGGGCGGUAUAAACAUCUGUCAUGAUACUAACCAUUAUUAUUCAUUUUGAUUGUACUUUGAAAAAUUCGGCGCCUCUAUGGGAUUUGGACCCACGGCGGCAAGAGGAAGGCAUUAGUACAGCCAACGCUCUAACCACCUGACCUACGAGGUCCCACGGGGAGCCGUGUGCUUUGGAUCAAAUUACCCGUCCAACCUACUGCAACGUCUGGAAUCUAUCAAAUCUGAUACAGUAAUCCGACCACCCAAACAGCAAUUCCCGAGUAAUCACUCUAUAAUCCACCACAUGACUACCAGGCUCACGUAAUCAAAAGGCGUUUUGGCAGAUUUCGAAUAAUUCAUUUAACCCAACAGUGAGCCUGGUAGUCAUCUGGUGGAUUCUAGAUUGAUUACUCAGGAAAUCAUGUUUGGGUGGUCAGAUUACUAUAUCAGAUUUUGUAGAUUCCAGACGUUAAGAGGGUAACGUGAUCCAAAUGUAACAAAACUCUCGGCUCCGGGUAGAGCCUCAUAACGUGGGUGGUUAGAGCAUUGGCUGUAUUAAAACCUUCCCUUGCUGUCGUGAGUUCAAAUCCCACCGAGGCGCCGAGUUUUUCACAGUUAAUCUAAAAUGAAUUAUCUGUCAAAACAUUGAGUAACUAUUAUUGUAUUGAUCAGCAGUUUGCAGAAGUUAUCUAAAUAAACAGUAUCCACGCAGUGAUAGAAGGCUGCUCACCGAUCGUUUUACGGAACUCACUCAUCCCGUUGUGACUUGGAACCCUCUCUCUCUCUCGAGCCCAACCAGUAUCUGCACAGCGGCGCGUACUAUAGGCAGAAGGACAUUACCAAAAAAGACAAGGAAGACUGGAAUGGCCAUUUCUAGCUCAUUAGCUGUCUUCAACCAGUCACACCCAACCCGAAAGUGUGCAACACCUGGGACACUAUUCCGCGACCUGUUGGUUAAAAACCCAACGUCCCAAUCGAAACCGACAGGACAACGGGCCCGCGGUUCAGUGGUUGGGGGUUUUGGACUUCUAACCAACAGAUCGCAGGAUCUGGCCCCAGGUGUUCCACACUUCGGGGUUAAGCAUGGCUGGCCGGCGAUAGCUAAUAAUCCCGAGAUGAUCAUUUCAGUCUCCCUGGUCUCUGUCGGUAAUGUCAUUCCAAUAUCCACGCGGCUGGCAAUGAGCGAACAGUUAAAAAUACUCCCCUCGUAGAAAUUCAUUCUCCGUCAAAACUACCGGAAUGGCUUUGGAUCAUGUAAAAAUGCACAUAAGUUAUUAGGAUAUUCAGGUGGGAAUAAACUACCCUCCAAGGCACGCGAACAAGCAAGAGAGGACUAGGUGGUCCCCGGGGUUCUUUAUUAACUUGGGAGGCAGCUUCCGUAAAGGAGACCGAGUAUAAAUCCUGACUUUGCCGGAGGUGAUCAGCAGUACCCUCCCAUAUGCAGUUAAGGUGAAUGCGAGGCCUUUCAUAACUACGCGAGCUGUGAGUCAAUGAAAUUAGACAGCUUUCGUGGAUGAUCGUGCAGUCUUUCCUCGGGCCGCGCUAUCUCUAUCCUUCACGAGUGAAGGGACUAAAAGAGGUGUCCUAACCGAAUGCCAGUUAAGGUCAUUCAGGGACUGGAAGUAACACACGCUGCCAAGACACAGAAAGACAGAAGCGUUGCUCCUCCCCACCCCUGUCUUGCCCGAGAAACAUCGUUCGCUCUAGCAAUCCGAAACGCCUAUUCUCUUCUGGAUGACGCAGUAACCAACUAAAUAGGAGGAGGAACACCUCCGAUCGGCCGAGAUCUGAAUCGACCUUGACCCUCCCGCUGGACAUCAAUAACCGCUUCAUCAUAAUUGGGGUUCCAAUCCGAGUUAACAGAAUUGCCAACAUGAUCAGCGCCCGCACUCCGAUAAUUCCAAAAAAUGAGGUCGUGAAAGACAAGUUCCACAAGGAACUGCACUCCCUCGCCUCUGUGACCAAAACAGACGAGUUGGUCUUCGGAGACAUCGGGGUAUGGGUAGGCUCAAACCACGAUACCUGGAGGAGGCUCUCAACCAUCACGAAAAAGGAAACCUCAAAAGCAGGAGUUUUCGACUGUUAAGGACCUGCUUGGAAUACCUCCUUCCGCAUGCUCAGCCUCCAAGAAUACCUGGAAUCACCCUUGCUUACGUCACUGGCUGCCGUAAGAGAUGAGACCGACGGGACGUGCUUGAAAUGACGACAACGAGUGGUUCCGUAUGCUGGACGAACGACCGCCUAGCUAUCUUGAUGAUAAGGUUGGAAUUCAACCUCUAGCACGGCAUUAUGACAAGACAGCAUUGGAGAAACUACACAACGGCAAACGCAGCAGGACCUCACCGGAAGGGUGCAUUUAAGUUUGGAGCGAUUGUAGGUCCCAAACAACGUAGAAAUCUAAAAAAAAAAUGAGGGACGUUGUCUAUAAUGCUGCUUCAAGAAUCUUCGGGGCUUUAUACAAACACCACCAAAACUGGUUUACUGACGGAGAGAUACGCUAACUGGGGUCUGAGAAGAUUCAGCAACACAGGACCUAAGAAGAAGAUCACGCCGCAACUGGCAUUGUCACCAUCCCCGAUGCCAAUGCCGGCUGCAGUAGAAGCUGUUAGUGAUUCAGACCUACUGACUGAUUCGGACUGCCCAGAAAGUCCAAGAGGACGACGAUCUUGGCGAAGUGAGGAACUUCUUCACGGUUGUCAAGACCGACUGCGGUCCUCAGUCCACCACAAGUACACCGCUGUUCAGUUGAGGUGGAGCCACUCUGUUGUCAGAAAAGUCACAGACUCUGAAGCAUGGGGUGGUCGAACAUACCAAAAUGUCCUCUUGUGUCUGGAAGAAGGUCGUCAAUGGGCCCUUCUAAGUAGAAACCAACAAUGAGCCUCAUCUAUUGCCUUCCCUGUGGGAGACUAUCGGGUCAGAGUAGCCGACGUUCGGCGUCAAAUUCCCGGAAUGGGACUUAGUUUUUGCUGACAUUUACAAACAGAGUGUCCUCCAGCUUCUAGCUUUAUCAAUCUCCUUGUUUCAUUGGAUGUAGAUACAAGACCGAAUCGUGAUAAGAUAGCUUAAAAAUGCGUGUCGACCUCCGUGGUAUCUCUCUUCCCAGACUCGUCUGUAAAGCCCCUUAUCAUCCUCUACUCAGUCGACUGGCUGCACCUCCAGAGAUACUCGGCACAGAUUCCAGAAGCACUGUAGUGGGGCCUACAUAAGCUUCGCAGUAUGAUUAUCUCAGGGAACCGUAAGGAAUGCGAAUCAGCCUUUACACCACCUUCGUAGGUAUUAAACGGCUAGCAUCAUCUUUUAGUUGUCUGUACGCGUAAGGCUGAUCACCAGCUUCCGGUGGCUUUAUGCUUUGACCACCUUGCGUCCUUCUUAUUUGCCCCCCAUUAUUUAACGGUCGCCGGUGGGCUAAAGGAAGAAGUUGAACAGGGCAACUACGCAUGCUAUUCCAGCGAUCUUCUCUGAAUCUCACCCAUGUAUUUCGACUAGCAAUAUCAUGGACACUCGUAUUCCUCUUAAAAAGAACAGGAGAGUUCAUUGUGAAGAGGAGAUUUUAAUGCAAACCUAGGGGGAUUCAAUAGCGGUGGGAAUGAAUUUACGUUAGUCGAGCCCUCUUACAUGCACGUCGUCCAGUCUAGGCUGCGAUACAAUGCUGUAAUCAAAAGGAAACGUUAACUGAGAACGCUAGUCAAGGGACCACCAGUGAGUUAAAACCCAACCAUCAUUAAGGUUUCCUCCUCGGCAACGCCUCUACCUCUGCUGAUUUCUCGUGUGUGGAACCCAAGCUCAGGGGAUAUUCCCUUAUUGCUUGCUCGUGCUCUGGUUAAGGUUUGCCUCCCUCCGACUUCUGUCCAUAGGUGGUCCUAUCAGGACUUCUUCGAUCGCUACAGACCUCUGCUCUCUUGGAAGUUGGUCAACCGAAACGACAGAAAGGAGACGAGCAAGCUCAUCCUACAAAAAUACAUCCCGGUAAGUCGACCUUCUUCUCUGGGCUUCCGUUGGCUUAAUUAGUGCUUUUUUCGACAACUUUGAGGCAUCACUUUACACAUCCUGCCCGUCCGCGCAGAAAGUUUACGAUUGGCCAGGGACAUUUUCCGGAAGGCUCGACGCAGAGAAAGUAACCAAAUGUCACUUAGGUUGGGUGUCACUUACUACCUUUCUCCACAAGGAGUUUAGGCAUAGUGUUAGGAUAAAGCUGUCUGCCCUUGCACCCCCCACCAACAUGAAUUGCGAAAGUUUUCUUCAAAAGACUAGCAACAAUACUUGACGGUGUUAUCACCACUUGUGUCGCAUCUGCACUAAGUUCACGGAAGUUUAUCAGUAGAUGAGGAUGCUUCCCUUCAGUGCUCUUGUUUGCGAGCUUAGCCCCCCCCCCUUUUUUCGGAAGAACUGCAAACUGAAUCACGGUCCACGUCCAACGUGACCUCAAUUAUUCCCGACAAUAUCCGAUCGACCGUGAGCUCCUUGCUCAACUAGUGGAGUGUCUGGCCCAUUCACCAACUGAAGCCGGGUUCGAGCAUUGGGAUUGGGUAUGACCGAUUGCUGAUAGCAGACAUAUCGGAAACGACCACGAAAUUUCACCGUCACAAAAGACGGAUUCUUGUUGAAAUUUAACAUUAGGAAAUGUUACGUCUACUGACUUGUAGAAAAAAAGCAGUAAGUGUAUUGCUCCUUAAACUGUUGGCGGGUGGUUGGUUGAAGAGCAGUGUAGAGUGGGGGGUCAUGAUAUAAUAAACAAUUUCACGCCAUUCUGACAAACCACCCAGAGUGGCGUAAUCUCCAUUUCCUGUCCUAACCGGGGUUCGGACACGUGGAUUUAACUAUUAGUCCCUGGUUUUGUCUUCUCCACACAGAAUGAACAUUGCUAUCGUCUUGGAAAGACAAAAAUCUUCUUCUCCGCAGGGGUCCUCGCCAAUAUGGAGCGACUGCGCACGGAGGAGUUAGUGCGGGCGGGAACCCUGAUUCAGACAGUCUUUCGGGGUUGGUUGGCCCGACAACGAUGGCGACUGAUUCGAGUUUGGAUUCGGCGUCUGCAGAACCUGGCCCGUAGAUACCUGGCUCGAAAACAUGUUAUGGAGUUGAUUCAACAAAGACAGGAAGCCCUACUGUAAGCCUACAAGACUCGUUCUAGAUUCUUGCUCCAGAAUCAAGUCAAUACCCAUCACUCAACUUAUGUUUUACUUACGUGGAUGAAAUUACAUAUUUUUAGACUUGAAGAAAGGAGAAGGCAAGAAGAACUGACAGCUCGGGUGAGCGAAAGAUUGUUAAUUUUUAUUUCAACUGGCAACCAAACACUCAAAGCCGGUUUUCUGAUAGUUAAACGCGGCUUUUUAAACUUCAUUUCAUUUCAGCUCAGUUUAUUUGAGGGAACGUAGGUGUGCGCCCUUGAAAUCCCCAUUUGUCACACGCAGAAGUAGCGAAAAAAUGGAAAGAGAGUAACACCAAAGAACUACAAAGAAAACAGUAAAGGCUGUACAUAUAAACAAAGUUUUUUACGCGUUAACAGCACUGGGAGGAAUAUGUACUCGCUUAAAUGCGUAAUGCAGUAGUUAUUUGAGGCACACAAAAGCUACGGAGAAAGUAAUUUGAUCCGUGGUAUGCAAACGUCACGGUGAAUGCAAGUAGUGCCAAACUUCGCGCGUUAACAAAGUGCAUAACAAACGUUACUAAAAGAAUACAGUAGCAACAUAAAAUUAACAAAUUGUUAACGUAUGGUAUCAAAACGAUAGCAGUCGUAUGGCAUUGUGGUGCGCACUACAACGUUGACCCACCUUCCUUUUAAAGGUUUCUACGGAUGCAGACAUAACAAAAUCUUCAGGCAAAGCAUUCCAAACUUCAUCCACUCCGUUGGAGAAGAACUUUCGUGUGUCUAGCUUGGCACCGGUCACACGUGGUGUGGCCAAAUGACCCCCCACGUUAGUCGAAGUCGCCAACUCGAAGAAGUCUCCAGAUACGAUGCAGUAGUCCUGAUCACGUAGGGUGCAGAAAGCUUGUACGAGGUCACCUCAUAGCUGCCUGUAACUCAAAGGAAAGAGAUCAAGAUUAGUUAAUAGUGUUUCGUAGGGUAGUGAGCCUUGUCCAGCUACAAGUUUUGUUGCCCGCCGUUGGACUUUUUCGAGUAUGCGUAGGUCUUCAACGGUCCAAAGCCUCCAUGCUCUGAUAGCAAACUCUGGAUGCGGCCACACAAAAGUUCGAAAGACCUAAGCGAAGCAGUCUUCAUCAAAGGAAGAGAACGCAAGUUUGACGAGGCAUAGGAUGGACAUUGCCGAUUUGGCUAUGUUUGAGCAGUGCAGCGAAGGCUUGGGCGAAGUUGUGAUUUACGCACCCAAGUCCUUCUGGGCAUCCACGUUUUGCGAUGAUACGUCAGUCAGGCGGUAGACCAUGCAGCUAAGAGAAUUUGUUCCACCGACGCGUCCUGUAGUCCUGUACUGUGGAUCAUUUAGAUUCCUCGGAAUUCUUAGUGCCCUAUUUUGUAUGCAACUAUAGUUUAAAAGGUUUUCCAUCUGAACUAUUUGAUCGUGGAUGGGCCUGAACGACACAUGCAUGUCGCAAGUCUAUGUGGUUGAAGUACUGGUGUUGUCCGACGGCAACUGCCCGUUUUCUUCACCUGAAACCUUAUUUUAGAGCUUUUGUGCGAAAGUGAGAGCAACGAGUGUACCACGAUCUGGAAUCUAACCCAGAUACAGAUUUCUUGUGCAACUUGCAAGGAAACGUGACCGGUUUACGAAAGUCACCAAAGAUUAUCGACCCAAUCCCGAUUUAGACCAGAGGGAGUCCAUAUUGGCUUUACCCAUUAGGACCACUUUUCCAAAAGUUAUACAAUGAACCCUACAGGAAUAGCUACAUGUGUGCUGCAAAAAUCCUACGACGAAAUCAAUAAACCUACAUAACAACGGAAGAAGAGGCGUUCACCGGUGAACGCCUCUUCAUCCUUUGAUAUGCCACCUGGGAAUCGCAUUUUCACUACCAUUAAACCUACAUAAGUCAGGCAGGCGAGAGGUGUUACCGGCAGACCACAAGGACACUUCUAGAUUAUUGAUCGUUGGUCAUUAAACGAUCGCCUCCGUGCUCUCGAGACUCUGGCCUCCGAGGCAAAACAAGGUUUGUCGUGGUUCGUCAGCAACUGGCUUGACGUCCUCCGACGCCUUGUAAAACCUAAUAUUAUGCCUACUGAAUAUACACAAGUAGGCAGUGUUGACAAGUUAAAACAGUUGACGGAGUGAUGUUGGCGGUUUGUAAAGUUAAGCAAUCGUGAAGCAAGUGAUACGCUAUCCCUCCCCGUCAUUUUGUUAACCAUUCUCGUUGGAGUUUUGUUACGCCCACUAAGCACAACUUUUACUGCGUAAAUACGACAAACUUUUCGGCUGACUGUAUCUAAGACCCCCAUAAAUUCUUAAAAAGGCGGAGCGUGAUUUUGAUCAAUAUCGAGUAAGCUGUGCAUUUAAACAAGCCACCACGACAUAUACCAUCUCGCUGUCCAACACAGGUUUUGUCGCCCACGGCACCAAAAGAGCGAAAUUUUGAUGAUAAUCAAGCGAAAAUAACCUCGGAGUAAGAUUGGCAUUCGUUCAAGUGCACUGGCACCGACUUUCUCUACCUCAUCCCUUUUCUGAAUAGAUGGAGCCAACAUGUGAAGCUGGGCAACAGUCAGCUCUAGAUGGUGCAGUUUCAAAGUCAGAGCACUUAGGACGGACAAGUCCAACGAAUGUCGAAUCUACGAGGGAAUUGCAACUCCAGCGCGAGAUUGAGCGUCUUAAGAGCGAGCUGGAGGCUGAGAAACUUUCUCAGGCCGCCAAAAUCACAGAUAUCGCCAGUCUUCACGAGGUAUCAGUUUUCUAACACUUAAUGCUUCCUAGUAAUGCGUGAACACGGGUCGACUUAUAAAUUUUACGACACCUUUUCUUUCCUUCCUUUAUUUCAGGAGAUCGAUAAACUAACCAGGAAGAACCAACAGCUCACUGAGAUACAACAAAGAAGUACGUCAAAAAUAUCUAAUAUUAACCGUUACAGUGUUUAUGAAGGUUACUGUGUGUGUGUGUGUGUUUUGUCAUUGGGCGACUUCAUAUCAAAUUGACCGCCUGCGUCUGCUUCCCUUUCCUGUUAACUUAGUCGUGCAUAAGAGAGGAAGAAGAGGGUGAAGUCAAUUCAGCACGUCUCUGACAGUUGCGGCUUGGAAGGCUGUUAACGGACAAGAUAACUCGGUCCCGUUCAGAACUGUGGGUCAGGCUGCAAUGUCUCCGUAUUCCUAUUUCCUUUAUGGCACUCUCAUUUACGUUCGAUUGGAUAUCAUACCAUAAAGGCAAGGCAAAUACGAAGCUAGGGACUAGGUCAUGUGUGGCACGCAUAUAUGUAGUUUAGCUUUGGCACCCACUGUGUCCACACCCUUUGCGCGCAAUGCAGUUGGUGUGGGAAGAUGUAAUUAUGUAGAUGUGGCGCAAUCCCGAUUUGCUAUAAACAAUUCACACGCAAGUUAGCAUUGCAUACUCUUUGAGAGAGAGCUUUUCUUCGCUAUCUGUGGUGGACGAACUCUCCUAGAUCUUUUAGUAUGCCACUUAAAGCCGACUGAGUAAGGAUUUCAGGAAUAACUAAGUUGUAGACAGCGCGUCUUACUGUUCAGUCCUGCUCUUGCAACUGCUCUGGAGCUCUCGCAGAAAAACCAUGUCAGGUUUUAUUUACUUAAACUCAGCCUUUUAAUUCAGAAUCGAAAAUACGGACGGAAAUCUACGAACCAGUUCAGCGUGCCAUGCCAACUGUGCGGGAUACCAGGCAGCGUCGUCGACUGAUUUCAAACCUCUCGCAGCAGGACUCUGAAUCCUCCUAUGCCUGCAGUGAGCCCGAUGACAUCCAGUCUGAGGACUCACGGGCUAUUAGCCCCAACCAGGUAAGUCCGACCUGUAACUGAGUUCCUUUCAAAUGAUCGCCCUCUAUUCCUAACUGCUGUAAAUUACAUCUACCUGUUUGUUUUAAGUAGGCUAUUUUAUUGCAUUUAAUUUAAUUGGGUCUACGUAGGGUGCCCGCGCAGCCCCCCCGCAAUCGCCCUCAGGCCUGUGAAGAAAAGCCAACUUGUUCUUUUUACUCCUUCCCUUCUAGGCUGCAACGACAACUCUUAUGGUGAACUUACAAAGGAAGUGCGCGUCACUUGAUGCCGAGAACAAUGAGUUAUACAGUCGGCUGGAGGCCUAUCAGCACGCAUUUGCAAUUGCUCAGUCCAGAAAUCUGGCUAAUCAAGGUAAGGUGGUCAGCCGUCGAGAAAACCGUUGUUCCUACUAUUGCAAGAACGGUAAUAAAAAUCAUUUUGUGACUAAGCCUAACCGCUGUCUGUUGUUGUACAGAAUCCCUGAGGAAAAUGGAAGAAUGGAUCGAUAAGGAGACCGCCAAAAAACAGAAAAAGGUCCAAAAGUCCUCAGCAAAAGUUCAGACAGAGAACGACGAUAUUGAACAGCUGCAGGCAAUGCUGGACAUCCAGAAAUUAGUCGGAAGGUGGGUCGCAGCAUGCCUGUUUUAGCGAAAGCACCAUAAAAUAUGCCGUUUUUCUUCCUACGAUUGCUAGAAAGUAUCGAGGCACACGGCAAUGCAGCCACUGGAAAAUUUUUAUUUGGUCAUUACUCCAGGAAUCGCCUGCUUUGUACCCAUUUAUCCUGUUUAGGUCAGCCAUUUGCUCCCCAGUUGGAUCGCACCCUGCCUGGGACUUAAAAUAGCACCUAUGAGUUCAAUAGGUCAUGCACUAGGUCAACUUUGUUAUACCUGGUGGCCCAACACGAUUAUGGCAGGCGUAAAAUGGACCGAGAGUGUAGUUGGCGGUUAGAUCGCAGUUGGUAGCCACGAAUGGGGAGACGGACAGCCAGGUCCCUAUCGUACGGGAAUGGUGGUAAAUGGGGUUGUAUGGGUUGGGUAAAUGGAAGGGCUGGCAGAGGAAUGCUGGAGUUUCUGGGUAAAAGUAAAGUUAUCAGGGAAAGUGCUGGGAAGUUUUAAGCAGGUGGAAUAAUGGGAGAACGUUAAACCCAACUGUUAACCCUAAAAUCCAACCCAUAAAGCAACCGUGGAGCCUAAUCCUAAGCUUCAAAACCGAAACGUAACCAAAAUCCUAAAACCCAACGCUAAUCCAAAACCUAGCCAUAACAUUAACCCUACCUCAAGCCUAACCCUAACCUUAACCCUAACCAUAACCUUAACCGUAACCCUAACGGGAACCUAAACCCUAACCCUAACACUGAAACCUGGCCCUAAAACGAAAACCCUAAUCCUAAAACUUAACCUACGCCGAACCCUAACCCUCACUAAACCCAAAAGCCUGACCGAAACGGGCGACUUGCCUAACUCAGUAAGAGCACAUCUACUGAUAACAAGUUCCCUAGACAAGGCAAGCGCACCUAUUGAUAACACGUACGUCGACAGUAUCAACGUAUAAUGUCUGGCUACCAACUGUGAUCUUACCUAGUCGGCCACCGUGCUAGUCUUCAGUCGUCUAUAUUCCGUACCUUCAGAAAGUUCGACCGUCGCGAGCGUUGACGUCUACCGUUUGUCCCACGUCGUGGACACAGCACUGGUGACUCACGCGUGAAUUAGCUAAUAAUGAGGCAUACUUGCACAGGAUCUAUCACACUCUCUCCUCCCUCACCCGCAAGACUGCGAUAGCAGGAUAAUAUCAAAACAGUCGCUGGUGGGCUCAGAUGAAACACGCCGAACGCGAGAGGGAGGUCAGUUCCUCGUCAGUUUCCCUCUCCACAGUUAAGACCACACUGAGUUCCUUUUAUUCCCUUCUGUCGGCCAGAUCAACUGCCGAUCACGUAUUUUACUGUACCGUUACUUCUGCGCCAUUCUGUGCGUAUCUGUGCCUUUCUGACUUUGGCAUGCCGAGAACGUGUUGUGACCAGGCGGUGUGCGUGUGUGCAGUCUGAGCGCUACAACUUUAGGCCAAAUCCCAUGUUGGAAGGAGAAGACAGAAGGCACCAGAUUGAGGGGUUUAUUGUGCACAGAACCCGGAGUUGUCCUCCCAGGCGACAGUGGUCACUGGCGAAGCCAGGGCUGGUGUUGACUGCGUCCAGUCAUGCCUGGAAGUCCAUGGGGCAGUGAUGGCAGCCACUUUUGUAGGCUCGUGGGCUAAGUUCAAGUGGUGUCCAGACAGUGUGUGUUGCAUUUGCCGGGGGGUGGUGUCCCCAGUGGCUUAGGUUGUGCUUGCAGGGGGGAGGUGCGUUCAAGUGGCCGCAUGGGCAACAGCGGCUGUGCAGGUAUGCCCGAGCUGUCGGCCGUGUGACUUCAGGUCAGCGCGUCCGCAACGGCUCACAGCAAAGGGGUGAAUGACCUUGAGGCUGCGAGGUCUUGUACAAUGACUGCAGACCGGUCUUGAUGGCUGCCCGCUACAAACGUUUUCGCAGUAAAGUUUCAUGAUUCACUUGAAAAUUGUUCUGCAGUACUGUAAUUUGUUUUCCUUUACGUUUUUGAAGGCGCCUGCAGGAGGAGGCCGAUACGCUAAGGGCCGAAAACGAACUCUACAAGUCCCAGCUUGACAAGUACUCCGAGGAGCAGAGGAAAUCAAUCUCAAGGCAAAUGCACUUCAUCGAACAGGUAUACUCUGUGCAUUUUAGAAUUCACGCACUUGUUGGUACCGGCAUCAAUCGCGAAAAUUUACAGUCCGACUUUGGAAAGAUUUUGAUUAGGAUAAUUAGUGGUGGUGUGUUGUGGAAGUGUUUGCGGUCGUAACCGUGUUCUGUCGAUCUCGCAACCCCUAUAGGUAUCUAACAGUCCAGUGUGUAAAUUGAUUUGGCCAGCAACUGGGAAACAAGCCUCAAACCACUUCAACUUCAAAUGAUUUCAUAGAUAUUUUGGCAUAUUUUGAGCCUGGUAGUCAUCUGGUGGAUUCUAGGUGAAUUACUUAGAAAAUCCUGCUUGGGCAGUCAACUUACUGUAUCAGAUUUGGUGGAUUCCAGACGUUGCAGUAGGUUGGACGGGUAACUUGACCCAAAUGUGAUUAAACUCGCGUCGUCCGGCGGGGCCUCGUAGCUCAAGUGGUUAGAGCGUUGGCUGUACUAAAGCCUUCUCCUCACUGCAUGGGUUCGAAUCCCACCGAGGCGCCGAGUUUUUCACAGUUGGGUCAAUAUGAAUUAAAAUGAUUUCUCCGCACUACUAGAGAAUGGCAACAACUUCCUACUGGUCUUUCACUAGGCAUGAGCAAUUGAGAUUUUUAAAGAGGCCGUUUAAUUGGAAUCUUUUUUCCUUCGAAGUUCAAGAUCGGCACUUUGGGAAUAUAUAAGGGGUCAUUUUUUCCGAAAAGCACCUACUCAAAUCUAUUUUGUCAAAUAUGCCCAGGUUCUCCAUCCUCUUACAUAUGCGAAGACUUGACUAUUUAGGGCACUCUUAGGAAAAGUGGGAAACGUCGGCUAUGUGAGGAACUCCGGUUGGAUUCGUGCCGGGACCUUUGUAGCCAAGGGUGUCGGCUCAACGAAUUAUUCGAUAUUCGCCUUCUUUGUGGUUCAUGCAUGACAGGUUAACACAGGCUGGCCCGCAUAGGACUACUCGGACGAAAAGUAACCCCAAGAGUCUCUAGCCCGGCUCGAAUUAGUAAAUUCCAUCGGAGACGUACGCUUAAGCCGACGAAGUCCACACUAUCUAGAUUAUAAAGUAGAAAUAAUUCGAAAGAAGCAGUAAACGAAACCGGGGCAGGAGGCAUAACGUACUUCCAUAGUGACUGUCAUCCUCAAAAUUUGGCUGAUUCACGAAACGGCAAUCCGCCGGAAACGGUGGGCAGAUCACAGUUCGCUGAGUCAAAUACUCCAGCCUGUCGGAUGUCAGGUUCUUUAAAUCUGUGGAAGAGGUGCAAGAGAGUUCUUUGGCUUGAGUCAAUCUACCAUCGCAGCCACGACAAUGAAGUAUGCCGUCUUGUGAUGUUGUCGUUGAAAAGGGCAACAUAGCCAGACGUUCUGUGACUCCCUGAGCCCGUAUUGUCCAAAACCGGCAUGCACGAGCCUUGGGAUGCCCUUACAUUUUGUAGAUCAGGCACAUACGCGCGCCAAGUAUUGCGUGUGGUUGCGACCUGUUGUAACGUCCCUGAUCAGAUUGAGGGCUAACCCCAAGAAGAAAUAAGGCAAUUACAGUCCUCGCUAAUGGCCUAAUAUACACAGGUAGGGCCGCAGGAGUUCUUGCUUAACAGUAAAGUCGACAGACAACAGAAAGCCGAGGCCCAAGCGUCCUAUUUCGUUCCUUCGUUAACUUUCUGGCGUAUUUAUAAGGCCUCGGGCGUUGAAGUAGUCCGAAGACUCAAGUCCAGCGUUGUGAUUGGUGGGGAGACAAUGUGAAAAGAAAAUAUAGCAAAUUUGAGUUACCGUCAUUCUACUUUAUUUGUAUUUAUAGUAUGCCCCUUAUGUUAAGUAAUUUUAUGAGAAACCCAAAUUAUAACAAACAAGGCACUACGUUUUAAUUCACCAAUGUGCGUAACCAAAGUUAGUCCUGCAAACGCCAACCUUAUAAUUAGUAAUAGCGAUUGCGCGCGCGCCCCGUGCAGGGCUAUUGGUGUAGGUGUUACAGUUCCUUUCACUGUGUGCGGUUGGAGCAAGCGCACAUUCAGCCUCGAGGCAGCCAAUCACAGGCACCUACAAACCUCGUAAUCACCCAAUCAGCUCACCGACUAUCACAUGACACCUAGUCAUCCGCGCCCAUAUCACUCUUUCGUGCAGGCCUUGAAUCAACCUCACGUCUGAGGCUCUGGCCAACAAACUUCUAUGCGUAAUAUACGCCCCCUACUAGUCUUCCCACUACCCCUGCAGAACGGGGCUGGAUUCUUCUGACCGCCACAACUUUGGAAUUGCGAAAUCUAUACCCAAUAAUUUACUUUUCUCGGUUCUGUCGAACAUACCGUCCCUGGUGAAACCCCGCUGCAUUAGAGGCCACUUCUACGCUCGACUGCUCGGUGCCACGUGCCAGCCCAGCUUGAGUCACUUGAGCUCAUCGACUGGCAUGUCAUCAACCCGUCGGCUGGUCGUGUAAUCAUGCAAGUGGUCAGUCACGUCCGACUUUGACGAUCUGGUCUCCGCUUGUUCACCGCUUCCCUCCGAGCGCGCCUGCUACCCCAGAAAUAAAAGAUCGCAGUAAUUUCUCGAGACUGACUGGUCAUCCUUCGGAAAUGCGUGUACUCUGUGGACGACUGAUGCUCAAUCUUUAGACACAGCUAGUGCCCUCUAAGACGCAAUUAGACAUCGUCCCAAGAAGUGGCUAUGUUUCUCACAACCACCUCUCCAUCCAGGCAGUACCCGGCCGGGCCCCGCGUAUCUCCUGACUUAUCUCCUUCUAAUUUGGAGUCCGCUUCUUCGUCCUUCGUAUCGUCGUAGAGGCCUCAGACUCCAUGACUGUCAGGACAAUCAAACUGACACUUUAACAGACAUAUUUCCGACGAGCACGGGUGUGUUUGCUAUUUACUAUAGAGCGAGAACAGUAUGACAUGGAACCGAGCGAUAAUAAUUACAGCUAAUGACGUUCGCUUACAGCCUUAUUUGGGCACGUUGAAGGUAUGCUCCUGGAGCCAACUACAGAGGUUUAGGGGGACAGGUUCCGCUACUGACACCAUAAGAAACCCAGACCAGUAAGGAAGAGUCGUGUUGGUUUCAGCCAGUUCAAAGUUUUGGAAUUGUCCGCGUUCAGGCAAAUAAAAACUUUGCUGUACCCCAUACCCACGCGACAUCUGCUGGGACGUCUCUGUCACUAUGGCAACUGUCGGCGCGAAGGUUGUAGCAGACCUUGAAGUCGAACUAUCCUCACGACACCGUAGAACCUCCAUGAACCCUGUCAUGUUGAGGAGAUUUACUGAAUGAACAUAAUGGAUUAUUUAUGGUGGAGGGGCGCUCGCUGCUCAGGUCACGGAACGCCUUCGUCCCCUUGUGCCCUGGGGUUCAUAGCAGAAUCCUCGCAGUAGAUCGCAUGGCGACUAAUACUAUGGGUAUGUCAGGUGGAUUAUCGCUUAAUCUGCCUGACAAACGCUAGUUUGAAGCGGCCUGAAGUCCAAGAAUGCCUGCCAAACGCACUCACUGACAUAUUUCCGACUGUUUUAUAGUUGCGAAAAUUCCCAUUGUAAAGUUCAUAAAGGCUAUUUGGCGAGCAUACGUCUGCUUUCGAUAAAUUCUCUUCAGGCCUGUACAUUUAUAUGGUUAUUGAAGUAAUGAAUUAAAAUAUACGGGCAACUAGAUAACUAAGCUGUAGCUCGGGUGUGGGGAGGGGAGGGGAGGGGGAGAGUGAAACACCACAAUUCCAGUCAGCGCCAGGGAGAAGGUGGGUGCCGGCGAAGGUAAUUGCAUGCAGGUGGCUGGCUUGGUGGCUUUGAACAAUGUGGGACCUGUGUGAAGUUCUUCUGAAGACCGGUCCGCGUAGCCUGAUUGCAGCCGCCUCUGUCGUAGCCAACAGGCGCUGCCCAAGUAGUUUUGGAUAGCUUGACAGGACCUAGUAAAUCACUCUGAAGGCCUCUCUGGCGUCUACACGGUAGUUUGUGUCUACCAUGUGCGCAAGGAUCGAGCUGUUGAUGUUCUUUAUUUGACCCUUUCUUAACCAUGCUGGAAGAUGUUCUUUUAUUCUUUUGGAUAAACGUCGGCUCGUGCUACCAAUAUAUUCUGCCCCACAGGAACAGGUGAAGGAGUAAAUACACAUAGAUGUGGUCUGAGCUGGUAGUUUGUCCUUGCCCUCUCCGUACAGGAUGGGACUAUUGGAGAACAGUACAUGUUUGUUAGUUGCUGGAAAGGUCUGUGAUACAGCUUGAGUCAGGCGUCUUCUUAAAAGUGCACUUGGUGCAUCCCCUUGAAAUGGGACCCUGAUGAAGAGCCUUUUCUUUCCUCCGUCAGUAUCGAGGGCUUUUGUGGUCUUUCGGCCAUGUUCUUAGCAAUGAAUCGAUCAGGAUACCCGUUCUGGCGAAAAAGACUUUCGAUGAUCACCUCUUUGUGUCUUUACUCCUUCACCUGCUCCUGUGGGGCAGAAUAUAUUGGUAGCACGAGCCGACGUUUAUCCAAAAGAAUAAAAGAACAUCUUCCAGCAUGGUUAAGAAAGGGUCAAAUAAAGAACAUCAACAGCUCGAUCCUUGCGCACAUGGUAGACACAAACUACCGUGUAGACGCCAGAGAGGCCUUCAGAGUGAUUUACUAGGUCCUGUCAAGCUAUCCAAAACUACUUGGGCAGCGCCUGUUGGCUACGACAGAGGCGGCUGCAAUCAGGCUACGCGGACCGGUCUUCAGAAGAACUUCACACAGGUCCCACAUUGUUCAAAGCCACCAAGCCAGCCACCUGCAUGCAAUUACCUUCGCCGGCACCCACCUUCUCCCUGGCGCUGACUGGAAUUGUGGUGUUUCACUCUCCCCCUCCCCUCCCCUCCCCACACCCGAGCUACAGCUUAGUUAUCUACUUGCCCGUAUAUUUUAAUUCAUUACUUCAAUAACCAUAUAAAUGUACAGGCCUGAAGAGAAUUUAUCGAAAGCAGACGUAUGCUCGCCAAAUUGUCUUUUGAAUAUUUCCAAUUGAAAAUGCUGCCUAUUUAUCGCAUAUAAACUUGGCCAGUUGCUUGACGACUCUUCUAUGGUAGAAAGGCCUUCCUGUAAUUUUUCUUUCGCUGUGUCGGAUACCACGCGUUUGUAAUCCAUUUAAACUCGUCAGUUAGUAAAUCAUUUCUGGAUAUUAAUUCACGCCUUCACUUUGAACCAGGAACCGUGUCGGCGGUACUCAGUCGUAUAUCGGAACAAGUGGCAUGGUGACAUUUCGUUUUGAUUAGCAAAUCCUAACUUUUUGAAAUCAACUACUAAAUGUGAACUUUCGAACCUUGUGGUUUUACUUGAAAGGGUUUUGUACAUGAAGCGCCUUUAAACUUUAUAGAACUUUUUGGUACAAAUACUCCGCUAUUUUUGCUAUUUACUCUCAAAGCAAACAGCAGAACUACAUACCCUCAACAAUCCACUCGGUUUUGGUCGGAGAAACAUGCCAUCUCACUCAUUCAUUCUUCGCUUAUAUUUUAGAGGCUUAUGCAAAGUUAUUGUGGACGUACCGACCACUUGAAUUACUUUUUGGCUGUUCGGCUAUGCAGCAAACGCAUACCCACCUCGUGUGCUUUUAAAUACAGUUUAUUCGACAUAUUUCCUUUUCUAAGACCUUGAUUCAUUUGUUUUUAGUUGGGUGACACCCUGACGGCAAGUCUGGCACCCAGAAGCACUGCCUCCAUGCACACUAAUUUAACUUUCGCGCACCAAUCACGCUAUCUGCCACCCCUUUUAGAUAUGCUAUAGAGUUAUGUUAAUUGGAACAUGUCCGGAUUUAUAGGAGUGAGCUGAGUGAGCAAUGGUCCAGUCUUCACUUUUCUCUGGCGGAUACGGACUUUGAACCAGGGACACGGGAGUUGUUCGUUACCUGCACCGAUUAAAACAAUUAUUGGUUAUUUUAAAAUUGGCUCUCUAGAGGGCCUUUUUGUCAGGAUGUAGCGACCGAGGACGUCAAGGGUAGCACACACCAAAGUAAGGAAACGCUGAGAAGAGAUCCUGGCGGAGAUAGAUCUGAACAGAACUGUUAGCACCUCUUGAUACUCAUUCACACGCAGAAGAAUCUACGUCGAGUAAGGGAUAUAGUAUAAUAUAACGAGAUGGGCACGGGAAAUGUGUAUAAUAAUUGUUAGUGUACAUGUAGAAUGAGAAACUGCAAUGAGAUAACCUGUCUGGAUGGAGAGGCGACCCUGACAUACUAACUAAACAUCCGGUCGGGAUGCAGUGCUGUGGGCAACUGCAGGGAAAGGCCGAGGCGGGAGCCGACGUUGAGUGAGAGAGGGCAAUGAGAACGGCGGUGCGUUGUGGGACGGGGUGUCGGUGGUAGCGGGAGGAAGGGAGACCGGCCGUCUUCACCAGCACGCAGUUACACCAUCGCCAUCCCGGGUCCGCGCCAAAAGUGUUACAGCAUUCAAACAACCCUGUUCAGGUCAAGGGGCGUUACAAGGGGUCAACGCGACUGAGGUUUGCUUCGCAAUACACAAAUUCACGUCGUCGCUUGCGACGGUCUGACUGUCGCGGUGUGCACUCCAGUGUUCUACGAGACCUCCCCUGACCGCGAGCCUUCGAAUGCAUAGUAUGCAUUUCUGCUUGUUGAAUAAAACGGUAGGACUGACUUAAUGGCCCCCUAAACAGGACAUGAGGGCAGGAACCACCGGCAAUACGGGCGGCUCUGAGCCAACUGCCAGUGAAAUAAGGGUUAGAUUUAAGGUUAGGUUUGGGGCUCGGUUAAGGAUUAUAUUUAAGGCUAGAUUUAAAGUUAACAGUAAGUUAUGUCAGGAUCGAGUUUAGGGUUAAGGUAGGGGCUAAUGAUAAUUGCAGAACUAAGGUUUAGGGAAGGGUUAGGGUCAAGUCUAGCGCAACGGUUUAGUCUUAUAUCAGAGUUAUUGUUGGAGUUAGAAGACGGAAGUGCAGUGCGAUUUUCGUAAGUUUUAGAGCAUUAAAUAUAAUUGGCCUGUGUGAUUCAGAGAAGACCCAUUGAAUUUAGUCGAAGUAGACUACGAGAGUGUUUUGCCAGCAUGAGGUGUUAGUAUUGACGACACACUAUAACCGCCCCGAUCUCCUUUUUCCUUCAGGAUACGAGUCUGGAAGCUGACCAAAAGGCCACAAAGUGUUUCCAGAACGAACUAACGCGUCUAACUUCAGACAACCUGACGCUGCGUGAGCAGUUGGAGACCACAAACACGCACUACAGGAAGGUGAGCAUCGAUUCCGCAUAAUUUUUUUUAAAAGAACUUUGCAAUGACCUCCACUUACUGUGCCUUGUCUUGCUGACAUGGUCCUGGCGAAAUUCCCCAUCGGAGGUCCGCUAUUCUGUCUCAUCGACAUCGAACUGGUUGCUUUGCACCACGCUUAUAUUUGAUCAUUAAGACCGAUCUGGCAAGGGUAUGGUUUAUGACCGGGGUUACUUACCCCGGGGAACAGUUGCGUUUAACAAAAGAGCUGGGCAUCUAAGAACUCUGUGCUAUCACAAAUUUUUGUCCUCCAUAUUUUCACCGAUUAAACGAUGUCACUGUUUAUACCAUUUGGUGAUAAUAGUAAGUGAAUUUAGUGCCCCUUUGCAGGCGUUGUCAAAAAGGUAUUGCAUCGUAGUAUUUCUACCCCGAUGACUACUUUAAAGCAUCCUGACCACCUUCACGCAACAGCCACCGCGAGGUCUCUUUAUUUUUUUCUGCGGCACAAACAAAUAAAUAUCGCCAGUUAUGUUCAUUUAGCACAACUGCUCCCCAGAGAAAGUAAACCCGGCCAUAAACUAUACACUUGCCGGCGGUCUAUCACUCACACAAUCACUGUCCUUACCUAAAAAUUAAUGGGCUCAUUGGAAUCCUAACUUUCUGACGGAAGUCGGCAUUUUGCGUGGGUGCGGCCUGCCUACAAGCCACUUCCCCUUCUAAACUGGAAGGUCAGAAAAGCAGCAUAGUUCAAUUUAAUGUGCUACAGGAUGAAAAGUAGGUCUUCCAGGACAAAUAUUGUUUCUGUGGGUUCAUUCCGACCUUCGCCUUGCGUGUAAAGAAGUUCGCAAUUUUCGCAUCAAAAUCGCUCUAACGUUCUCCUCAUCACAGAGCUCCCCUACGACUUCAUUAUAAGGAUUUGUUAGGCCUGAACUCAUGUUCUCAAGUUUAGGAAGGUCUAGAAGGGGUGUGCGUGUCUCUGUUAAAGACAGAAAUGUUGGAACGACCAUUUCAGGCUUAACGAACGUCUUCAUCAUCGAUACUCCAAGCCCAGGCAGUGCAACAUCCGAGGUUAAACUCCAGUCAGUCGGUUAUCGAGCAAGACUCCCAGCUCUACGCCACGGACUUGUGCCAUGUCGGCUGAGAUUGGGUGUUUGUAAUCACGUGGAGGUGGCCUGCGCAGACCUGCCCCUACUUUGGGAAACCGUGGGGGCGACUCGGUUCUGCCUAGGGACUGAUGGUCUGUGUCGAUAAUACUUAUUCCCGGGCUCGCUGUCCUAUCGGUUUCGAUCGGGUAUAAGCAAUGAUGGAGACGGGCUCAACGACCGUUCUUACGGAACUCACUCGUUUCGUGGCGCCUUGUCGGCUCUCCAUCUCUCGAGCCCAACCAGCAGUCGCACAGCGGCGCAUGAUGUAGGCAGAAUGUUAGAGGCGUUGAACUUCUAACUAACAGGUGGCGAGUUCGAGCCCCAGGCGUUCCACACCCCGGGGUUGGGUAUUACUGGCCGACGACGACUAAUAAGCCAGAAAUGGCCAUUCCAGUGUCCCUUGUCUUUGUCGGUAAGGCCAUUCUGCCUAUAUAUCAUGCGCGGCUUUGCGGCUGCUGGUUGGGCUCGAGAGAGGGCCCUUAAGGCACAACGAAACGAAACAGUUCCGUAAGAACGAUCGGCGAGCGCCUUCUUCCAUUGAGGUAACAUUCUUCGCCCUGUAUUGUGGCCAUUAACUAAUCAAGGCAUCGGUUAGGGCUCCCCCGACCGUGUUGCUCCGGCAGUGUAAAAAUAACUUGUCGCAUUUGAGAUCAUAACAUUCAUAAAAGCCUGCACGCUCACUGGAUGGUAAACGAGCCAAUUACGGUGCGGCUGCCAUCAGCAUCCUCCGAGUGGAAUUACUUUCCACUGUUGGAGUAAUACUGCAGCAAGCUUAUUCAGAAUAUCUACUGUAUUGGUCUUGUAUUGUUUAUUUUCACUUCCUAUAAAAUGAGCCUUUGCAAAUACUGCCAUAAAAUAAUUGCUUAUGCACUAGACCAAUCGGCAUCUGCGACGUAAUUCAUUGGGCUUACUUAUUGGACGACUGAAGAUUCUUCUAUGCUAUCUAGUAACCUUGCGCUCGAGAAUGCGUGCAUAUGUUUCUUGGCUCAUUGUUAGUAAGUUAAAUGACUACCAGCUAGCUUUAUUGGCCGUGUUUUUUGAAAAGCAUUUACUGCUCUUGUGCAGGUUGUCUCAGCCAUGCGGUACUUCGCGGAGGUGGCAUACCGAUCCGCGCCGGAUGUCUUGUCGGUCAGCAAGUCCCCCUUCCUGAUGGAUGCCCAACAGCUCAUCGCCCUCUCUCAACGCACCUCGCUUAGUAGCAACAACCAUAUGGUUGGUCCCCUCCAAACAAAUUUUAACUUUUAUUCAUCUGUUCUGCACGGAAAGAUGCCACGCGUUCCCCAACCUUACACACAAGCCACUGUUUUUGAUCUGAUUGGCUCUUAUGUCAAUACGGCCUAGCUAUUGGUCAGCCACUUACGUGGGGGAGGGAGUUAGUCAAAAAAACAUUCGCACCCCUCUGCUACACUUUAGUGAGAAAGUGAGCCUGGUUGUCAUCUGGUGGAUUCUGGAUUGAUUACUAAAGAAAUCCUGCUUGGGCAGUCAGCUUACUGUAUCAGCUUUGGCGGAUUUCGCGACGAUCGCAUUAUCAACAUUGGCAGUCAACGGAGUUAUGCAGAAGCGACUAAGUCGGUCGUUCAAAUGAACCCAAGAUUAAAUUGGCAAAGUUGAGAGAUUCGGAUUGAUAAUUUGAGGAAUAAAAAGGGGGCAAGGAUCUGGUGAAGGCCCGCAAGUAUCACCAACUGGCCACAGCCGCCUGUCCUACGGGAAUGGUGGUAAUAGCGGUGAAUUUAUACAAGUUAACCAUAAGAAACAUUUGAAUUGUAAAUCAAUUUUACCGCUAAUCAAUAGUUUACAUCGGGACAGGUAACCAAGGCAAAUCUAACCAACGAGAAGGAACGGAGAUCGGUGAUUGCCAUAGUGGCAUUGCUAUAUUUUAGCUUUUUGGAGAAGAUCAGUAUAUUUGAGGUCUAUAGACUCAGACAUAAGUUAAAAUUCUACAAGGGUAUUACCGACAAGGACAAGGGAGACUGGAAUUGCCGUUUCUGGCUUAUUGGUCGUUGUCAGCCAGUCAUGCCCGACCCCGAAGUGUGGAAAACCCGAGGCUCGGACUAGCGACCUAUUAUUUAGAUGUCCAACGCCUCUAACUACUAGGCCACGGGCCCGUUGACCUGCAAUUUCUAAAUUGGAGUAUCUAUCAGAAAGCAGACAGAGAAUGCUGGAGGACCCACUGACGAGCCGAACACCUCGCAGCUGUGUCAUGCAGCGGCAGAAUCUCGGCGAGACACGCCUGUAUGGGCUUUUGGCUAGUAUCUGUGCUGUUAGUACUGAAUCCCCUUACCCUAAAACAUUGCUAUAUGUAAGGAUAUUGCAAGUUUGGAGUCGCACUUGGAAAUACUUAACCCACUUUUCUUAUUUUUGGCAUUUAACAUACCAUGCAGUUGCCCCACCCAUAAAACCCCUAUUGCCACCAUUCCCGUAGGACAAGUGGUUGCGGCCAGUUUGUGAUACUUGGGGGCCUUCACUAGAUCCUUGCCAGGAAGGACUCACCGGAUCGGGAUUUAAUUAAUACUGACUUUUCCGUGAGCUUGGUCAGCUAACUACUGCCAAAGCGUAAAAUUCGCUUAGCCGAAAAGAAAUAGAAGUGCCGUGUCGCGCUACUCGGUCCCGUACUGAUCGAUUUUUUUAUUCUCUCUGCCUCGGCCUUCUGGGGUAUUUUUGGCGGGCUUUUCAGCUGCGUGCACUGUGAGUCACCACCUCGUCAGGGGAGGUGUUUGAGCGCCUGUCGCGGUUGGCCGGUCUGGCGGCUAAUCGCUAAAGUAGUCCUUCAACGGACAGAACACUUGAUGUUCAGCAAGUAUCAACCAAAGUUCUGGGCUCGUCAUGUUUACGACACCUCCGUCCUUCUUAAAACAACUGAGAUGCCACUUCGGUCCUUGGUCAAUUUAGUGUAUUUUACGCUUUGGCAAUGGGGAGUCGACCAAGUUCUUCGAAAAGUCAGCACCUUAAUGAACCCGUUCCGGUGAGCCCAUCUUUUUCUUCAAACCUUCAAGCCGGACCUCUAAACUUUGCCAGUCUAGGCUCUUUUUCUUUGUCGAGUGAACUCGCCGUCGGGCUGUCUGCGCGGCCUUAUUAAGUUCUUUGCAAUCGUCUUGUCUUGUGAACGUAAUGAAGCAAAACUUUGUAAGCUGCAGGAAGGUCCAGAUGCCCAUUGACCGAGCUGGCAUCUGGGUAUCAUGCCCCAAGUGUGAGCCAUUCUGCCUUUGAGUUUCCCCGGUCUAAGGUGGUAACUCCCGGAAGAUCGAGAGUAUUGCCAGUGCACUGCGAGUUGAGAACUUAGGUCUAGUCUCCGAGUUGUCGACUUGUGCUCUUGUAGCCGGGUCUGCAAUUUCCGCGUAGUUUCCCUUAGGUUUCAUCAAACACCGCUGAAUUGUUGUCUAGGAUCGAUGGGUUGUUCCUACUCUGGAGGCUUGUGACAGUUGAGAAACCCCCUCGAAGACCCCUAUAAUUUAGGGAAUGACCCCCGGACUUCAUGUUACUGCUUCUUAGGCUGUCGUCUGCUCGUUCGGCGUCUGAUUCCCUCGAUAAAAUGACCGAGACAUCCAUUAGCUUUGAAGAGGUUCUGAAGGUAUAGUAGUUCCGCCUUUUUAUCUUCUGGCGUGCCGCAGUGUUCCAAUCCUUUGGAAUAGAAUGCAGACAUAAUUACGUUGUUGAAACAGAGGGUGACUGCCGUUGAAGUGUAAUAUUUGCCUCAUGUCAGUGGCUGUUCUGAAUACUGUGGUUUGCAGCUGUCCACUUGCAUACCGGCGUACAAGCACGUCGGGGAAGGACAGUUGGUUGUUUGAUUCAGGUUCCAUCGUGAAUUGACUAUUCGAGUCCACCGAGUUCAGUAGUUCUUUAAGGUGCUCUAAAUCAGAUGAUUUGACAAGGACGAAAGUGUAAUCGAAGUAGCAAGCCCAGGACUUUGGUUGAUACUUGGUGAACACCAAGUGUUCUAUCCGCUGAAGGGCUACUUCAGCAAUCAGCCCUGAUAGAUGGGAGUGCCCUUGACUUGUUAGUACAUUUGUCCACCAAAGUCUAAAUAGAACUUCAGGCAGCGUCACAGAAGCUCGAACAGGUGUUCGAACUUCAGAGGCUUGCUUCUCUUCCCACAACGUUCAGCUAGUAGUUGGUUCACAACGUGUAUCGCUAGGUGCUGUGAAAUGUAGGUGAAGAGCGAAACUACACCAAAGGAUAUCAUGGAUUCGUCUGCUUCUAACGUUAUGUGUUUUAUGCGCUGGAGAAAUUGAUUCGCAGAUGCCACUGUUGUUGAUGAGCCUUCGGUCGACUGAAUAUCCAUUUUUCGAACCAUAUGUCGGAGCGCCACGAAGGGAUACGAUUGGCCUGAGUGGCACAUGUUCUUCGUAUACCUUUGGCAGACCGUAAAAACAGGUCGUAGUGGAGUCACUGGGUCUCAUGGAACGUCAACAGAUCUGAAAGCGUGUGAUAUGCCAGUAUCGGCGAACCAUAGUCCCAGCAGCCUGCCAUGCCGGUAGAUGCACUUGCGCUCCCGCCGGGUAUGCAGGUAGUGGUCAUGGAUGCACAAUCAUGCUCGUCCUUCUGAUCCCUGUCGGAUGUUGUUGGUGAUGAUGAUGAAAAAUCCUGCUCAAGUGUAUGUUGUGGAUCGGGGGUGUGGUGGCACGCCUAGGUGCGGUUCCGGCCGUGCCUGCCACCUGCGCCCUCCACAGCCUCCGGUCUUCAUGAUGUUGUCUUGACGCCGGAUCCAGGUGGGGAAGGGUAAGAGAGAGUGCAGUAGAUGCUGUGCAAGUCCACUAGCACUAUAAACUAAUUCACGUCCAAAUCACCGUCCCUGCUCUCACCAUGAUGAGCAGCGUACGGUGGACAUCGUCGGAAUCGACGGUCGAACUGUCGGGUCUCAUGGAGAACCAGUUACUGGGGGCAUAAUUCUCUCUGUCAUUUAUCAAAGUGAUUCCACUGAACAGUCCUUGGGAUGCUCGCCCACUCCUCGCAUCAGGCAACUGACCGGCUCGGACAGUUGACUGGUGUGUAAGAAGAGAGAUUGAGGCCGACUGUCUUAGUGCAUAUUCCUUACUGUGAACAACCUGUCGCACCUGAAUCUACCACGGCGCACAAAACGCCCUUGCUUGGAAGGGUUCCAAAUGGCGCGAUAACUUAAACCUCACAGUCAGCCAGAUGUGUGUUUGUGUGAAGUGGCCGACUGGUGGAUUGAGUCGGGCUGUAAUGGCUCCUUCUUAAUGUGGCCUCUAUGCUCAGAGAAAGAAUCUAAUUUUUCAAUUUUUUGGCCUUCUUUUUACACGUAAACACAUGUGCCUGCCUCAAAGAUCGCGUUCAUUUGCACUGAACGGUGAGAUGGUUUACUGUCAGCUUCGUAAAUCCCUUCAGGAGAAUGGAUCAGACGUGGUCAAUACGGUGAACCUCCUCUCGGCGAGUGGCUUGAUCCGAUGUCUGGAGGGUCAGGAAGCUGUACUCAUCCAGCGGCUCGUCAAAGGUAGGCCGCACUAUGUGUAUAUGUCUGUAUAAACGCGUCUGGUGUGACCGAUCUCGACUUUGAACUGAUUACUUGCUAGUGUCUGCUUAGUACUGGUCAUCCCCGCGGAGCGAGUGCCCACAAUGUUUGCCAAUAAUAUAAUUACCUAUCUCGGAAAGUGCAGAAAGCAACGGGAAAUAAGAGAAGUGGUCCGUCGCCACACUGCCUGUCUAGCCCUCUGGUGUUUCGGAUUUGCAUUGAAGUGCGACGGCAGCAGCUCUAAAUUGUCAAGUAUUCAUGGAAUUUUCCUAUCAUGCGAUCACACGUCACCCGUUGUGGGGAGAAAUGAAUGGAGAUUCGGAUGAAUAACUGUUAGUAACACCUAAAAACGAUCAGAAUGGGUCCGAACACGGAAAAUGAUUACCAAAGAGCCCACAAAGUAAAGCCAAACUUGCAAAUUGCCCACGCCUGCAGGUUAGCCAAUCACCGUACUGCAGGAUGUUUUUCCGAACCCAUACGGUCCCCGCUGUCGCACAGGAGUCAGCCAAUCAGCACCUUGCCAGGCGCGAAGACGCUAUGUCCACUUUCCCGCGUGCGGUACUGACCAACCAAAACGCUGAAAUUAGGAGACGCCCGUGACCUCCUAGAAAUCAGGCUUAAGUUAUACAUUCAGCCACUGUCGGAGUAGAAUAGUUCCUUCCCUGUUCGUUUCCUGCCCGACAGGGAAGCGAAAGGGCGUUUGUAUCCUAUAGAUAGCGGAACAGGAAGUCGGAUGUCCAGGCGACCGUAUAGACGCAACCUAGAUGUGCACGGUAAGGAUCAGAACCCGAGAAAGUGUCUAAGAAGCUUAAAUGGGCAUUCUCCCUUGUAUUUCUGGUAGCCAAACGACACCACGACCCACUAUGACCCGUGUUCCUGAUCCCCAUUCCAGCGGUGAUCCAUAAGCUGGCGCCCUCCGGAGGGCGCUGAUUGUCAAAUAACUCAUACUUAGUCAGGUCCGAUGCUGGUAGAGGCAACUUCUACUCAACCUCGUAAACUCGCAUCUUUCUCCUCUUCUCGACCUCGCAGUGUGGCUACAGUCAUUUGCAGACUCGGCAGGAUAUGCUGUCCGCGAGUUGUAGGCACCCGUUUUCCCCUCCUGACAUUCUUUGCCAGUAGGCUGGAAUUACCGAGGUGGACAAACUAGUCGACCGUCCACCGUGUCCUGACGAAAUUGGAUACCGUUCACGAAAUGGAGUCGUAUGAAAGAACAGUGGUCUUGCAAGCGUCUAAUUUAGCACAGAAUUUGCAGAUGGCGAUGACCGUUGUCGAGAACAAAUUACGUUUUUGGAAAUAACUCGAAAACGGAGUGAUGCCAUGGACGUAAAGUAGAGCCGAAAUGAAGUCCAGCCCUACCUGGACGCUGUCAUGGGCAACAACGAAUUUGUCGCAUACUUAAUGGUUAGGACGGUGGCUAUUACCUUGAGCCCCAUCGUCAUCUGGUGAAAUCCUGAUUUGUAGGAGAGGAUAGAAGGAACCAGAACGAAGACUUUGUCCACAGAAGCCAGAAAUUGCAGUAUCUGGCGGCAAUGGUCGAUAGUAAGGCCAGGGCGUGCGCUGACAUUGUUGAGCCGUUUUUUUUAACCUUUGACAGAAGUCGACGCCCUCUUUUACUCAUUGGAUUAAUCCAGACUGGUUACACUGUUCCUCAGAGGAACUGUCGGUCGGAUCUCAUUUCGUAGCCGUACCUGCAGUUGACAAGCCCCAGCCUGACCCCUAACCUCUAAACCCUAGCCCCUAACCCCCAACCUUAACCUCUUACCCUGACCCCCAUCAGGUACGGCUACGAAAUGAGGUCUUGCCGAACUUGUCUAAUACUAAGUUAUGCGAGACUCCUUUGAAAAACUUGGAUCUUGCACUGUGACAUACCUCUCAAUUCCCAAGUCCACGCGACUGAGCGGACGGCAGCUUACCCUCGGGAUCUGGUGUUGUGGUCCCAGCUGCCAGGUCAGACUAUGCUCAAACCAAAUCUGCACUCGUAGCUCAAUAAACUUCUCCCCACCCCACCCAAGUAUGUCUGGCGACGGAGGGAAGUAGGCAUAGCAUGUCACAACGACUUUGUGCUCUGCAUGCGUCGUCUACCCUGCUCCCUCGAUUAGUCAAUACAGUAAGCGAUGACGCAUGCGCUGUUGGCCAAAUGCGUCCCCCCACCCCUCUAGACAGAUGCCAGAAGGCAUAGGUCCCUGACCAAAAGUGCGAUUCCCUCCUCUGUACUCGUUUCAAGCAAAGCAUUGCUUGUGACGGCUUCGAUACCACACUUUAUAUUGCAGUAAUGCCUGAGCAACGCUUUGUGUUUACUGUAGGACCGGUCGAGACGGAGUACUGAAUUCCAGAUAUCGGACAGAUCUGCAUGGACUUGACCUCGAAUCCAGACGCGCAGGUGUGGGUCGAACAUGCCGGUUGGCAUUACCAACAGAACUACACCUAAUAAUCUGAUAUAACUAAAAACCCCAAAAACCCAUGUAAGAGCACCGUUGGGUUGUGCGAUAGGUUUUUCGGAGUCCACAAUCGAACGGAUAAUCCGGACAAGGCAACCACAACCCCAAGUACCGAAGUUUGGCAGGGAAUUGCAUGCGUAGCGAAUCAGCAGUCGAAGGUAUAUCGUAGCUAUGCCAUAGACUGUGACUCAGAAGUUCACAUAGUCAUUUUAUAUGUGUGAACCGGCAUAGAACAACAGGGGAAAGGAUCCUGUUUCCGUUCGUCGUACGCCCUCGACUGAAAGCGGGACCACACCGUUCGUGUGUGAAAGGGCAACGCGUUACAUACUAUUGAUACCGGUCCGUGGAGUUGGUAUCGCGAAUCCGGGCCAUAGCUUGUUGUUAGUCUUUUUGGUUGUCAAUCGCCAGUACAAGUCGCUGCCCCGCCCUCAAGGUGGGUCGUAAAUUCCACCUACCGAAAAAAAAUGAUGCCGGAGAUCAUAUUCGGCUACUCGUCAGUCUUAUACGAGUGCGUUGCGUGAAAUUGCAUCUCACAUGUGAAGUAUCAGACGGUUUAAUUGCAUAGAGUGAGUUCCGAAAUCAAGAAUGGCAGUUUAGCGUCAUGUCCGGCGUUAAUCGCCUACAUUCGUUGUUUGUUAUUUCAGAUACGAAGCCCCAAGAUGCGAAGCAGUGGCGACCUUUGCUGAUUGGUCACCUGAUCUACCUCUUAAUCCGAGGUGCGGAUUCGGUGGGCGCGGAAGAUCAGGUUACCGGUAUCCUCACGAACACUAUCCAAGCUAUCCGCACUGUUGCCAAGGUAAUACUAUGCAUUUCGGACCUGUUAUACCUUCUGCUGUCUGCUUUUACCCUUCAGGUCGCUUAAAGCCCGUUUUCGCGGUAUGAGGUACACGAGAAUUCUUCCAUCCAUUCAUAUUUCGUGUUUUAUCCGGAUGCUUUGAACAGAGUUCCUGUUAGAUUAGAAACUGCCAUAAAAAUACGCUAAUAACACCUAUAGUUGGUAUGGCGAGGUUACCAGUAAGAUUGGGCCCAUGUGCGCUCACGAUGCAGUCGCCUCGCCGCUGCGCUGAAAGUCUCGCCAUAGUCCUCCGCAAGCAAGACCAGAUCAUGUGACUCACAACUGAAUAGCAUCCAGAAUCCACACAGAGCCUAUUGAAACGGUGGUCGCAGUGCUUCUUGUUUUUCCAUGCUUCUGUUAACAAUACUUAGGCGACCGAAGUCGAAUGUCUCACUUGCUGCUGGUGAAGCACAAAUAAUUCUGUUAUCGAUAGAUGUCUUGGCAGAUUUUUUAUAAUUCAUAUUGACCCCACUGUGAAAAACUCGGCGCCUCGGUGGGAUUCGAAUCCACGACAGUGAGGGAGGGCUUUAGUACAGCCAACGCUCUAACCACCUGAGCUACGAGGCUCCGCCGGACGACGCGAUUUUACUCACAUUUGGGUCAAGUUACCCGCCCUGAUUCAUGCCUUAUUCCACUACCCCCCUGCGCUAUUAUUACCUGCUUGCGGUUUGUUCGUUUUCAUGUCGGUGCGGUGGGCGACUGUAGCUGCUGGCCCUGACAAGUGCCUGAGGGGGUGGGCUUGAUGGUGAACGCAGCCCUCUCAUCGAUUCACGCCGCUCUGUGAUUCGGUGCUUGAGUUGGUCAGGUUUGACAACCUGCUUAACGCUUAGUGUUUGCCGAGAAACCUAGAGCGCACACGUACGCACGCGCGCGUAUGCGCGGCGUGUGCGCACGUGAGGCCUAGUCAAUCGAUAACGCGAUCCCACGCUAAAACCAAGUCGAGAAAAGCCAAGCGAAACGACCGCGUCAGAACGGACUUGACUGUCAGCGUCGCCCAGGGAAGAACAAACGCAGUGGGUGAAAAGUCGGUUCGUGAAACCGAAACUCACACCAUUUGGGGAUUGUCCGCGCAACCGUUGCAUAAGCACCAACUUAAACAAAAGGAAAUAAAUCGAGUUUGGGAAAUGCCUAACAAAUAGAAUAACUAUACAAAACAGUGUAUAAACAAAAGUAUGACAAAGGGCUACCACGCGUUCACCAGUCUCGCGACCCACGGCACUAAGUAGUACGGUCCCAAUACACCCAGGCAAUCAACUGCCCUGCUGAGCUACCGGCGACGUGUGUGGCCCGGCGUCACGAUCUCUUAAACAGAUAGGUCCAUUGACGCAUACACUCUCCGGACUGUCGAAUUUCAACUCGGGGACUAUACCCCGAGAAGCACAAACUCUAGCCAAACUGGAAUGGUUAAUCUUGACCGCCAGUAACCUAGUCACAGUCGCCAUUGGCGCUGCCAAUAAGCAAGAAGGCGCAAUGAUCCGCGCCGGAUUUGCUGACCUCAGAUUACGAACGGUCUGUUUUUGGGUCUAGCAUCUGAAGUAAAAAAACAUGCAGUUUCUAGCCAAACUCUAAUCCGCUAUCAUUCAAAACUGUGAUCCAAGAGAGCCACUCAGCUCUGGUGCGUCGAAUCUUUAAAUAGGGCGGGGUUCGCCGAAGGGCCUCAGUACGGCGGAAAUGGCCAUUCGCGAGGUUUACCCGCAUUUUCCCCGACGAGAGUGGUUCGGAGAGAUAGAAGCCAGGAAUUAGAUCACCACUCAGUCAACAUGCUCACGUCUCCAUUUGACUUCAUCUGAACCCUGUUGUCUUUUACUCUGUAGAGGAAGCUUCAUGACACAGAAUGUCUGGUCUUCUGGUUGGCCAACUCUGUCUGCCUGCUCAACUGUCUCAAACAGUACAGCGGUGAAGAGGAGUAUCUGAAUUGUGGCGCAAGCGAGGAGCAACAACGAGAAUGGAGUGCCUACAUUAUGCAAAACUACGAUCUGAACCCCUUCUGGCGUGUUCUACAGGAUCUUAAUGUGCUCAUAUUUCACGUAUGUUUUCUCCUUCCAAAAGGAGCGCCUGUUUGAUUUGUAGCAGCAUGGAGUUACCAGCAGUACCCUGUUUAUGUUUGAACGGCUUUAACAAAUGGCACAGGGAUAAUGGUCAACUCGUGUUCCAACCAAUCCCGCGACUGUUACCUGAUGGACAGUAUUGACAUCACCCUUGGCUGAUCGGUGGCUCCCUCAUCAGUGCAGAGGGAGACCUAUCAUUUUCCAGCAUGUGUUUUGAAGGUGGACCGUAGUUUUGACCCGUCACAUACUGUCCUUACUGAAAACGGGUCUGCCCUUCAGCUAAGCUUGUAGCGGCUAGGUGGUGAGCGUAUUCAGAGCGUUACAAUCAUUAAGCCAAAUCCUGGGUUGUAGCAAAAGACAGAAGUCACCAGAAUGAGGUGUUUAUUACAUAGAGAACCCCAAAUUGUCCUCUGAGGCACCAGUGCCGCUGGCGAAGCCAGGGCUGGUGUUGACUGUGUCCAGUCAUGCGCGAGAGUCCGUGAGACAGUGGCAACUUCUUUUGUUGGCUCGUGGGACUAGCUCAACUGGUGUCCAAUUAGUGCGUGUUGAUUUGUCGAGGGGUGUUGUUCAAAUGACGCAUAGGCAGCUGCGACUCUGUGGACGUAUGUGCUUCCGAGUUGAAGUCAGUCGAUUGGUUGUAGGCCAGCGAGCCUGGAACCGCUCGCUGCGAUGGUGAAUGACCUUGACGCAACGGGGACGCCAGACACAACAUGACGGCUGUCGGCAACAAGCUGAUGCAUAAUAAUCCCGGACUCGGUAUGGCCUGUCGAAGAUCCGUAAAUCGCUGACAAGCUACGUUAGCUUCAGCUCUACAGUGGGUCUCUGUGGUUUGUCAUCUUGCUUCUCUGUGGAACUGCAGCUAAUAAAUAUGAAUUGGGAAUUUACCUUUUCAGAGAUGUGCGUGCGAAUACGCGCCGAAUACAAGUAUAUGUUUUUAACCUUUAUGGCCUCGAAAUACAUUUCUCUGUAUUAAUUGACAACCUCGUUGAUUAAUGGAGAAUGUACUUCUAGUAUUUGCUACAUUACCAUGAUAGUAACAAUAGAACACCGAGCUAGCGUACGUAAUUAAGUAGGCGAGUGGGUUUCCGAAAUGCAUAAUGCGUCUGCUUAUAUUUCUUUGGGCCUUAUGACGUUUUUAUAGACGAGAGAAAAUGAUGGGACACCCGAAGCAGUAGCCCACACCCCCUGAUCACUUGGCCCCGUUAGCAGAGCUAUGCGAAAAGCAGUAAAUGAAGCAGUUGACGAGGGAAAAUAAGCCGAUGAUUUCUGUCUUCUGUCAUUGCGAUUGAUUGUUGCUACCUUGGUGGCAACUGCAUCCUCUAGUCUGGAUAUGUGGCGUCGGUAGGAGGGGACAGGGAGCUCGGGAGACCUGUUUAUCGAUUUCCGACCUUAUAUCCGUGCCUUGAUCGCUUUCCAGAUCGUUAUAUUUCCGGUUUAUCUGAAUAUAUCGGUGCGAACACUUGAGGCCCCAUCUUCGGGUCGUCUGAAAGUCAGAUGACCAAACACUGACCUUCCCUAUAUGUUUUAUAUUUAUCAGUUCUAGGGGAAAUGCUCAGCGCAGGUGUAUCGUGCGCCCUCCUUAUGACUGAACAACUGCUGCGCAUUUCAAAAUGCAGACAAAAGGAUAUUGCCUUUUGGUCCAAAUCUUUGCUCCUCUGGUCGGAUUAAAAUAAAAAGACAAUAUUUGGCAGUCAUUCAGUGUUCAUCAAUCUGCUACACACUACAACCAAGACUGAAACCGCUUAGAAUUGCGAAAAUUUCCGUAGCAGUAAUCAGAAGACGAGGUGGCGAGCAUACGUAACUUUCGAUAAAUUCUCGUCGGGCCAGUACAGUUAUAUAGGAACGGGGUAGAAGUAAAACAUGCCAGCGAUAAGAGAAAUCGAUAAAAGUUCUCCUUAAAACACAGGCGGUGUGUGGGGAUGUGGUGGAGGGAGGGGGAGGGGGAAAAUAGCAGUUUUAAGAAGAACUUUUAUCGAUUUCUCUUAUCGCUGGCAUGUUUUACUUCUACCCCGUUCCUAUAUAACUGUACUGGCCCGACGAGAAUUUAUCGAAAGCUACCAAUGCUCGCCACAUCGUCUUCUGAAACCGCUUGCUCAAAUCUCGUCAGCUCGCCUUCAAUUGCGCCUAGAGGGGUCGCGUGGCAAGUAAAAUCAUGCUUGUAUUUGAAGCCACAGACCAUCUCUCUCUGUUGUAGCUGCUUAACAGCCACCUGAGGGAGCGACUGCUUCCUACGGCAGUGAUUGUUGGAGCGCUGUUGGAGUACGAGCCAAUCGCCAACCUGAGUUGCCAGGCCUUCUCUAUUGGUGGCCAGCAGCAUCUCAAGUUUACGAGGCAGGGCACUUGGCAGAGCCGCCGUCCUCACCAUCAACGACUCAUGAACACCCUCGAGGAGCUUCAUGACCUCUUCACAGGUGGGCGAGUGGAUGGUCUUAUUCGUCAUCUCUUUAAUAUCCACUACUUAUAAGUUAAUAACAUUGAAUAAAAUCUUCGGAAUGCCACGGUUCAAAAGUACAGAGGAAGAUCUUCGUAGGGAUAGAGUUGUGUUCCGAAAUUUUAAAGGAGCAUUAACAAAAGCCCGUCCCCAGACGAAAUGGACGGGGGUAGAUAAGGGAAAUGGCGGCUGCAAACUUGACGCUCCUUGUAGGACGUCGAGUGUGCAACCUAAGGAUAGAAGGAGAAGGUGGUUGAGGCUCCCAGUGACUGUAGUGGAGUAUGUCUCUAUUAGGCCCGAUGAGGUCACGAUUCUGUCUUAUAGGGGAUGGUCAUGGCCAAUGCGGUUUUCUCCAAGAUCCCCCCAUUGGAUGGUACUGGCUUCUCUAGAGUCCGUGAUUUUGGGGAACUCUCGCGAGCACUUUAUCCGGGGCACGUUUAUAACGCCAUUGAGUCCCAGUCGGAGUUAUGCUUACUUGCAACUGCAGAGUGACCAGGAGUCGCGGUAACUCCACGGAACCGUCACACGUUUAUAGAAGAACUGAGAGCCAAAUCUGUCAGAAGAACUUCUAGGUCAGCAUCUUAUGCGGUAUUUUCGAGCAUUUUUCAGCGCUCAUGAAUUGGAAUUCUGGACAUGGACGGCAGACGAUUAUAAUUAUCUCAUUUUAACUGUUCCUUUACCAAAACCAGUAGGCUCUCUGAUGUGUGCUCUGGUUAAUUUACGAAUUAUGAGAUAUAUAAUGUGCACUUCUUAAUACAAAUUUCCGUCGUCUUUAAAGCUCAUGGAGUUGAUCGUAACGUCCUCUGGCAGUUCUUCUACCAACUCUUCUUCUACAUAUGUUCCACGGCCCUUAACUCCAUCCUCUUGCGGAAGGACCUUUGCAAUUGGGCUAGAGGUGCCCAAAUAAGGUCAGUCCAUACGAAAAACUGGGUAUUUUUGAGACCCAUUCUUGAAAAUUGUUAGGAUCAAAAUUAGGAGUGUUAAUGAAUUAGUGCAUACAUUAUCUGGCCACCGAGGCUAUUUGUGAGUUCAUUCAAAAGAUAGCCGGAUGGUUCUUGGGUCCUCGGUCUACAUCGCUGGAAAAAAGAAUAAAUUGAGCUCACAACCUUCGCCAUCAACUGCCAGCAGAUAUAAAGAUGCCUCAUUCGAAUGACUGCUGAGGCAUGCUGGAUGAGGCAGGAUCCCAGCCGUAGAAAAACCAGGUUGAGUAGGAAAUCUAUUACGCAGGAUCAACUCCUUCGGAACUGUACUUACUGCCUUGAGAACUGCGUGAUUAUCAAAGUCCUGUCACUGUACUUAGGUAGCUGAUAGAUUCCUUUGCUGCAGUACAACAUUUUAAUGCCGCAGGCUCACUUUCAACGUUGGUUUUUAACACAACAUAGAGGACGGACCUUUUAAAUUCUCCAAGAAGCAUUGUAAACGCGUGAAUCCAAGUUGACUAAAUUAGACCUGACUUUUGUUUGAAUAUUUCAGUUCAGUAUUUUUGUGUGUGUGUUUGACUGCACGUCCGGCGCUAUCGGGUUUCCAUUAAGAUUCGACUAGUGAAGUAACCAUAAGCCACCGGCGUCUACGCUGCAGCUGCUUCCGAUCGAACUGAGCCUCGUUAUUUAAGAGGGCAUCGCCACAACUGUGCCAGUUGUCCUACGGUAGGUGGGCUAACUCAUGAAAUGUCAACCCAAAUUCCGAAAUGUGUUUUCGUUUCGAAAAGAUUAAUUAAGUGGGGUUGUAAUCUAAUUCUAUAAAAUUUCAGUUACCACAGAAUGCCGGCUUUCGAACGAGCUUCCUUCCGGCUGCAUGCAAAAACUGUAAAAAAUGACUACUUAAGUAGCAGCAAUUUUUCUCAUUGAUUUUCGAUGUCCCCGUAAGUCCAAUUAUAUUUUAUGGAAAACAUGCACAAAAAUAUUCAUUCUUUUGCUCAUUCGGUAGAUAAUUACGUUUUUUCUAAUUUGAUACACGAAGAAGCGACAUAAUUCGGUUUGAAAAAAGUUUUUAAUUGUGGGACUUUUAAACACCGUGAAAUGGUCGUUCAUAAACCGUUAUGGCUCUGCAUUUACCAAUGGGGCUUGUAAAGUUAACAAUAUUAGUCAAAUCCACCGCUACAUUUUAUGAACCCUAUAUUGUCCCCCUUUAUUACCGUAAAUAAAUGUUUGGUUUUCAGUACGCGGAAAAUAUACGGCUUGUAGUUUGGAAACCCUGAAUCCAAAUGUAACGGUAGAGCGGGUUCAAAAUUAUUCGGGAAUUGGAAAAGUUUUUGAAAACCAAAUUAUACCAUUCCUUUGAGUAUGAAAUUGGAAGACAACGUAUUUGUCUACCGAAUGAGCAAAAGAAUGAAUAUUUCCAUGCAUGUUUUCCAUGAAAUAUAAUUAGACUUUUAGGGGCGUCGAAAAUCGAUGAGAAAAGUGCAUGUUAUUUAAGUAGUCAUUUUUUACAGUGUGGUUUUUUCAUGCAGUCGGAAGGGAGUUCGUUUGAAAGCCGGCAUCCUGAGGUAACUGAAUUAUUAUUAGAAUUAUGUUGCAGGCUGACUAGUUUUACAACUCUACUUAAUUAAUCUUUUCGAAAAGAAAACGCGUUUCGGAAUUUCGGUUUACAUUUCAUGAGUUAGCCCACCUACUGUACAUCGGUUUUCAACGGAGUCGAGUCUGCUACCUAACAUGUGACCCACUCCCUGAGAUCUUGUAGUUAAAAGGCCAACAGCGUCAACCUACAGUCAGUGGCCGAUCUCGUGAAAUAUUAACUGAAAUUCCGAAGUGUGUUUUCGACUAGGUAGGAUUACUUAGGCGCGGUUGUGCUAUUGGUUAUCGUUCAGAAUACUCCUAAGCCAUUACAGUCGCGCCAGGAUGCAGGCCUUUGAAUGCAUCUCUUUUCGGCCGUCUGCAAAGACUGCAGUCUGUGAAAAGAGACAACUUAGGUGGUAUGCGUUUUUCAUCGAUCUUCGACGCCAUCAUAAAUUCGAAUGUAUUUUAUAAAAAGACUGGCCAAAAUUCCUUCUUUUACUUAUUUGGUAAAAACCAGCGUCUUGAAAUAUUACGCUCGAGAAGACAACAUCUCUCGGUUUUAAAGAGUUUGUACUUAGUAGACUUUUUAGGUUAUGAAAUGCCCCUGUAAAUAGCGUCGCAUGUACACGUUUACUAAUAAUUCUUACGAAUUAUAGAACAUAUUUCCAACCCAUUGAACAAUUUCACGAGCCCCAUAUGAUAACUCCUUUAUGGCACUGACUGAUGCGUGAUUUUCCUUACAUCGAAACUGUAAACCAGAAUCACAAAUGCAACAUCAGAUCGGGUCCAAAAUAGGUCGGAAAUCUAAAAACCUUUUUAAGACCUAGACCGAGUGCAAAGCCCAUAUGCAAAUGCAACGGAAGAUCGGGUCUACAAUAAUUUCGGGACCGAAGAACCCCUUUAAAACCUAACUAUGCCCUUUCGUCGGAUUUAAAGUUUAAAGAAGACGUGGGUCGUUAUAAAAUGAGUAUUAAAAAGGAUAUUUUAAUUAUGUUUCCUACAAAAUAUGUAUGAAUUCAUAAACGCGUUAAAAAUCAGUGGGGAAGAUGAUUCUGCUUAAACAGUCAUUUUUUUAUCGAGGGAGAUUUUCGCAAUCAACAAAAAAGCCAGCAUUCUGAGGUGCCUCCCAAUCAAAAGCGAUCCCAGAAUUUCGUUUAAAUUUUCAUGAGAACGGUUACCGACUGUAUGUGCUGACUGCAAACUUCACUUUAGAAAUCUCUCUACCGGAGCAAUUGGGACUAAUUGGGCAGUUUCCGACAAACAUGUUUUCCUCCAUCUUACAGGUACAAUUUGGCUAAUCUUGAGACUUGGCUGUCGGCGAAGGAGCUCGUUCCAGAGAGAUCUGGACCUCAACCAAACCCAUCGAGUUCAAAGCAGACUGCAGUUGGUUUAGAUAUACUCCCGGAAGAUGGGCAGCCUCUGAGGGACCUUCUUAAUCCGAUGAUUCAGGCCUGCCAAUUACUUCAAUCGAAGAAGGGCUCCCCCGACAACGCGACAGUUGAGGCCAUUUGCCAGAACUGCCGAAACCUCACUGAGGCCCAGGUUCGUUGAGCCGAUAUGCCGUUUUUGAAAAGUGAUUGAUUUACCAUAUUCGCAGCAGUGCUACUAGUCAAAAGCCCGAACACGUGUUUUGCAGACUUCAUGUAGAAGCAUGACACAGUUGGGAUGCGUCCUGCGUCUUAUUUUUCCCAAAGACCCUUCUGAUACACACUCCUGUAUUUAAAGUUGAACUUCUUAACUUCCACAGAAAUUAACCAGUCGAAUUUGGAGUACAUCCUACGACAACCUUUCUCAGGCCCGGUCCUCGAGUUGAUAGGAGUAUCUGGACUGAAAUCCGCCAGCUUCAGCGCGUUAACCGCGUAAUAUUAACAUUCUGUCCGUCAGCAGUCAGUAGUACAUAAAUACUGAUUAAUUUACUACACUCGCAGUGAGAGAGGACGGUUUUUUGACAGAGAAAGUCAGGUAGAGUAAAUCGAAGUAGGAAAGUUGCUCCAUCGGAGAGGGUUGUAUUCAACACAUAAUUGACCAACUGUCGGCUCUAGGCAACAAGUUUUCGGCCCAUAACUCUGCGGUUGUACAGAUUGAGAAGUAAAAGUAAAAAAGAGGGUUGUUCGAUACGUCAGUGAUUCAUUCGCGAACUUCUGAAGUGAAAGUGCGGUUCGCCCCCUCCCCCCCGACGAUAGUCGAUUCACUACGAUCAAUUAUCCCACGCUGCGAAUGUGAGGAGCAGGAAUAGAAGGCGUACGCUCGAUGCCUCCUAGGAAUCGGAUGGCGGAUAGCGGUCCCAGUUAGGGGCGGAUAACAUGUCGCCCUCACUACCCAUUCUUUCCUUGAAGGGAAUAACCGACGAGUUACGUCCGUAUACCCCUAUUGCGCACAUUGAAGUCAUCACCGUUACUGAUAUUGCUAGCAUUGGGGUGAUAAGCCCCGAGAAACUCGCGGGUGUUUGGUGGGAUUCUGCCAAUAGCCUCAAUGACAUUCCGAUCGAAGCGGCGGUUCCCUUCCGCUAAAUACAUAAAGACGAGCGACAGGAGGUUAGGUCGCCGAAGAGCCUGCAUGUGCCACAAAUGCUCUGAACCAAAAGGCGAUACGAUUACCUCGCUGAACGCGUUAAUCAGGCCGUGUGGACUCCGCGCGAGCUACACAUGGGGGGGGAGUUUGGUGACACACUUAGGCCUUAAAUGUGUCCAAUCCUCGCACCAGCUGAUCCACAGGCUCGGGCUGUCCACCGGCGCAUGCUGAAGGGAAGAUAGAGAGAGAUAGAGAGGGAGGGAGAGAGGGAGAGGGAGAGAGAAGCUGACAAUGAGGAAUAAUCCUCACGGAAAUCAGCGCAUUCCUCACUAUAAUGAAUCUGCCACGCUGAUAGAAGCGAACAGGCGAGUCCCAGGUAGCAGUUCAGAAGACGAAGAUGCGAUCACUGAAGCAAGAAAUUUAUUGGCCUGACGUUUCAAAUUCUCACUCGAACCCAUCAUCAGAGGCAAUCGCAGACAACGACUGCAGUAUUUAUAAGACGUGGCUACCGUGGGAUCAUACGCGUACUGUAAUUAACAGCUCUCGAAAUCACCGCUGGGGUCGUAAUCGAUGCGACGGUGGCUUGUCAGUCCGCGUCCGAGUCAUAAAUGGCCACGAUUUCGUCAUCCGUGUUGAGUGCUGGUGUGACGCCUGCUGGUCAAAUUGGCCCACUGUCACUGGGAUGACUGCUCGUCCGCUCCCUCCCUAUGUGACUGAUUCGCCUGCCCAGGGAAACUCUCAGCACGGAAUACGGUAACGGGAGGGCCUGAGAACCAUGACUCGAGUAGCUCGAGGCUCACGCGGUUGUCACCCCUGGCGAGGAUUUCGGCCUCUUCAAACUUGAAAAUAUGGCUUUGUCUCGUCGAAUGAGCCGCCACCUGGGAGUUAGCGUCUCCCCGUCUCACUGAUGCUGCUGCUGCUGCUGCUGCGUACUCGGCAAUUCGCGUCCAGAGUAAUCGCCCAGUUUCUCCGACGUAGUUACUACUACUACUACUACUACUACUACUACUACUACUACUACUACUACUACUACUACUACUACUACUACUACUACUACUACUACUACUACUACUACUACUUCUACUACUACUACUACUACUACUACUACUACUACUACUACUACUACUACUACUACUACUACUGCUACUACUACUACUACUAAUACGUCGGAGACUGGCGGAUCAGUCACCUGGGGAGGGCGCGGGCGAGCCAUUACCCCAGUGACAGUGAGCCAAUUUGCCGUGCAAUCAUCAUACCAGCAUCCAACACGGACGAUUAACGACUCGGACGCGGACUGAAAAGCCACCAUCGCAUCAAUCACGACCCCAACUGUGGUUACGAAUGCUGUUAAUUACAGUACGCAUAUGGUCCCACGGCAGACCCGAGUCAUCUCAUUUGCGAAAAUCUGGUGCGUGGUUUGAGGAUCAGAUCGUGUGUAAAAUGCGUAGACGGGCUGUUUAGCUUUGUCAACCACUGCAAUUGAGCCGGCCUCCGGUCAUCUUAACAUUGUUUUGCCAUCGGAGUCUGGAGAGAGGGAAGAUGGAGUGCGGUUGACGCUGCGCAAGUCUGUCCCAAGGUAAACUAAUUCCCACCUAAGGCACCGUCCUGCGUUACUCUGUUGGACACACGGUGGACGCGCUCGUUCACGACGGUUGAGCUGUCACAUGCUUUUAGUGGGCGAGUCGCAGGACAUCAACUUGUAUGACCGACCUGUGCGCAAAAACAGUUAACGCAUGGUAUGCGGUAAACGACGCGCCUCGCAGCCAGUUAAGGUCGCGUCACGUGCUACUUGUAGGAGCGGGAAAAUACCAUUCAACAUCUGGUGGAGAUGCUUUUCCUCUCGCUUAUGGCGACGAAGGUAUCAUCGUUGUGGCGAAGGCAAACUGGUGGUCUUGUGGCGACUAGCCAUCCUUACUGGUAUGGCGUCAUUGUUCGAGACCUCGCUGCCUCAAGGUCAUUCACCCCUUGCAGCGAGCCGUCCCAGACGAGCUGACCUGAAGUCACACGACCAACAGCUCGGGCAUACCUGCGUCCGCGCAGUCGCAGCUGCCCAUGCGGCCACUUGAACGCGCCACCCCCUGCAACCAGCAAAACAAGCCACUGGGACACCACCCCUCGUCAAAUGCAACACACGCUGACUGGACACCACUUGAGCUUGACCCUCGAGCCUACAAAAGCGGCUGCCACCACUAUCUCAGAGACGCUCAGGCAUGACUGGACGCAGUCAACACCAGCCCUGGCUUCGCCAGUGGCCACUGUCGCCUGAGAGGACAAUUCCGAGUUCUGUGCACAAUAAACCCCUCAAACUGGUGCAUUCUGUCUUCUCCUUACAACACUAGGAUUUGACCCGACGAUGGUAGCGCACAGACUGCACACACUCACGCCGCUUGAUUACGACAGUUUAACCCACAGGAAAACUUUCUCCCUAACCGCUUUAGAAUUACUUUGGUAAGGAUGUCUGAUUUGUGGGACCUAUUUACGCUCCCUUGACGUAUCAGCAAUAUCAACUGUCAAACUGGCUGUCGUUUUUAAGACAGCGUCUGGACAAGGUAAUUGCGCGCUGCAGUAGGAUAUUAAUAGGCUCAUCCUGCAAUUUUCGAAAUGCACAUUCCAUGGCCAACCCAUGGAUAUUAAAGAUAUCAAAACGACAUCAAGGGGAGAAAUUUACUCACCAGGACCCGCGUGUAGGUCUUGAAUCCCCUGGAGAAAUGUGCACACAAAUUACAAAUGCCAUGAAGGGAUCAAUUCGCCAGAUGCUUCAGGCGUCUGACGCAACCGCUAAGCGAGGUUGGAGGGGGAGGGCCAAAAUUUUUCGCGUCAUAUCCCUUUUUAUGCGCGUUUGGGAUACCACACCUGUCCACAGUGUGAUGGUUACCUAGGGUCGUGAAGUUUGCGUCGGUACAGUUUACCCUAUCCAGCAAGGUAAUCCCGCCCGCCAAUUUCUUCAUAAACAUGCUCCACUUCUCAGUUGUGUCUACAGAAAGGGUGCAUGUAGUUCUGAUGGUCAUAAAGGGUCCGGCUCAUUUUGAUUAAAUAUUUAGCCUUAACCGUGACGACAGUAGCUACGCUCUCCUUCGUGAGUACACGAACGGCAGUGGGGUUCUGCUUCAGAAGUCACAAAUCUUCUACUUAUUCAUUUGAUAUCGUUUACUGCGGUCGCACGUCUUCUUAGGCACACCAUAACGUAGUCAAUUGCCUCCAGCUUGGCUAGAAAAUUCAUGGGUGUCUCAUCCAUGUUACCGAAUCGGCUCGGCAGAAGAGAGAUUUCGUCUUGAAUAAAUAGUUCUCUGAUUGUUUUAAUGGCAAGAGAACACAUUUUUCCUUUGCAGACUUGUUCGUUUCUUCAUAUUCGCACUCUUAAUGGUAGCACUUAUGUCUGACAGUACUUUUUCAGAAAGACUUGCAGAUGAUGUUGAAGCACACUGGUCUCAGAGGUUGGAAUUUAUGACCUCAUAACACUUGGUAGCAGUUAAAGCGCACCAUCCAUUAGACCGGGUAGAUAAUCCUUCUGCAUUCGGCAGAGGGAAUCAGGUGUAGUGGGAGGUUAGCAGUUCAUAUGACAUUAUUUACGAGUGCCCGAACUUCCCCCAGCGUCUGAUUAGUAGGGCUGUGCAACAGCCAAAGGUAACACGCGAAUCGUAGCACGUAAUUUUCCGGAUCUUUAAUCAGUUUUCUUACUUCCAGACGAAUCCGGAACCAGUUUUCUCAAAGACGCCUUCCGUCAGACCCGAGACACUGAUUUGAUUGCCCUUACUUUUUUGCAAAGGUACUUCACGCUGCUACGCGUGCUGAGGGCGUUUACUGGUUUCCUUAUCGAUUUUUGACCCGACCUUUGCCUGCGCGUUCCCUUGCAGAUAAUCAAGCUACUAACCAUGUACACCCCGGUAGACGGCUAUGAACCCCGCGUGCCACCCGCCUUCCUCCAUGCCGUAGAGACCCGUCUGAAGGCCCAGCGUGUCGGCGAGGCCAGCAGGGUCAGCUUUGGCAGCCUCCAGCUGGACCAGUCCACCCUCCUCCUCGAGACGGGUUAUUCCAUCAGCUUGAGUGUACCCUAUCGCGCCAGUACUGUUCCGCUGGGACAACUGGAACUGCCUUCAGAACUUGGCAUAUCUAAUCUGGUCCUGCCCCUGUGA